UCCAGCAUCAUCACUCUUCACCUCCAUCAUCCCUGUCGUUCUGUAAGCUGUCGUCCUCUCGUCUUCUUCCCGUCCGACACCCGGCACCCGACACCCGGCACUAGUAUGUCCGACAAGAGUGAGCUGAAGGCUGAGCUGGAGAGGAAGAAACAACGGAUCGCCCAGAUUCGAGAGGAGAAAAAGAGAAAAGAAGAGGAGAAGAAAAAGAAGGAUGGAGAUGCAAAGCGCGGAGCGGAAGGUGGAGGCAGCCAUGAAGACUCUGACCUGGAGAGGAAGAGGAGGGAGGCGGAGGCGCUCCUGCAGAGUGUUGGCAUCACUCCUGACAUACCCCAUGUCCCUGCCCCCAUGUCUCCCUCCAACAAAUCAGUGGGCAGUGACGCAGGAAGCCAAGAUUCUGGGGACGGAAACGCAGGACCAAGACGUGGAGCUGUGAGGCUGGGCAUGUCCAAAUUGACCCAGGUGGACUUUGUCCCGAAGGAAAUGGUGUCUUACUGCAAAGAGACGCAGACACCCACUGAGGCUUUGUCACAUGCUGAUCAAAAAGCAGAUGAGGAAGAGGAUGAGGAGACAACAACUGCUCCUCCAGUAGACGACAACAACGAAGAGAAAGAUGAACAGGGUGAACAGCAGGAUGAGGAAACUCCCAAGGAGCUGACUGAAGAAGAGAAGCUGCAGCUCCUGCACUCAGAGGAGUUCCUGUCGUUUUUCGAGCGAGGCAGCAGAAUUGUUGAGAGAGCUCUGGCUGAGCACGUGGACGUCUGCUUCGACUACAGUGGCAGAGAUCUGGAGGAUAAGGAGGGUGACCUGCAGGCAGGUGCAAAGCUGGUUCUGAACAGACAGUUUGCAGAUGAGCGUUGGACUAAAAACCGAGUGGUCACCUGUCUUGACUGGUCCCCUCAGUACCCAGAACUGCUCCUGGCCUCAUACAACAACAAUGAGGAUGCUCCUCAUGAGCCUGACGGAGUGGCACUGGUCUGGAACAUGAAGUACAAGAAGGAUACACCAGAGUACAUCUUCCACUGCCAGUCAGAGGUGAUGUCAGCUGGAUUUGCAAAGUUUCACCCCAACCUGGUGGUGGGUGGGACGUAUUCGGGACAGAUUGUCCUGUGGGACAACAGGAGCAACAAGCGCACCCCUGUCCAGAGAACCCCCCUGUCUGCAGCUGCUCACACACACCCAGUCUACUGUGUGAACGUGGUGGGAACCCAGAACGCCAACAACCUGAUCAGCAUUUCCACUGAUGGAAAGAUGUGCUCUUGGAGCCUUGACAUGCUCUCACAGCCGCAGGACAGUCUGGAGCUGGUGUUCAAACAGAGCAAGGCAGUGGCUGUUACCUCCAUGGCCUUCCCUCUGGGAGACGUGAACAACUUUGUGGUGGGUAGCGAGGACGGCUCCGUCUACACCGCCUGUCGACACGGGAGUAAGGCAGGUAUCACUGAGGUGUUUGAAGGCCACCAUGGUCCAGUGACUGGGCUGAGCUGCCACAGCGCUGGUGGACCAGUUGACUUCUCUCAUCUCUUCAUCUCCUCCUCUUUUGAUUGGACCGUCAAACUCUGGAGCACCAAGAGUACCCGUCCACUGUACUCAUUCGAGGACAGCUGUGACUACGUCUAUGAUGCGAUGUGGUCUCCAACACACCCGGCUCUGUUUGCCUGUGUGGACCUUGCCGGACGUCUGGACCUGUGGAACCUCAACAAUGACACUGAAGUUCCCACCGCCAGUGUGUGUGUGGAGGGGUCUCCAGCUCUGAACCGUGUGAAAUGGGCUCACUCUGGAAAAGAGAUCGCCACUGGGGACUCGGACGGACAGGUGCGGGUCUACGACGUAGGAGAGCAAAUCUGCGUUCCAAAGGCUGACGAGUGGACGCGCUUUGUCAGGACGCUGGCUGAGAUCAAUGAGAACAGAGAUGAAGCUGAGGAACUGGCCAAUGUCUGAUAAUGUUCACCCCACCUCACUAACAACUGCUCAUUAAUUCCACUUCAGGGGCCUGUUGCACCAAUUGGUCUUUGUCAGUCUUUGUUAUGGAUUUAAGUUCAGUUGCACCAACUGAACAUAAGACUUAGUCUUAACUACGCCCGGUCUUAGCGAUGCGCAGUCAUGUGAAUACCCACUUUUCUGCUGAUAGACAAUUAACGCUGACAGCCCAACUGGCUUAUUUUGCAUUUAUAUAUCAAACAGUUGUUGCUAUCAUUAUUAGCAGUAGCUUACUAAUAUAAAAUAAAUUCAAAGGUUCCGUGUGUAGAAUCUAGUGACAUCUAGUGGUGAAGUCUCACAUUCCCCUUCCAAACAUGGAAGAGAACCUGUGGUAACCUUCAAUUGUCAUAACAACUCCAAGGAUGUUUAGUUUGUCCAGUUUGGACUACUGUAAAAAACAUGGCGGCCUCCGUGGAGAGGACCCGCGCCCGAUGUAAAUAUAAAAGGCCCAAAUAACUUGUACAAUUUAAUGAAACGCACUAGUGAAAAUAUCACUAGAAUUAUUUUAAAUAGAUUCCCUUCACCUAAAUCUUACACACUGAACCUUUAAUGGAGCAAAUGAAAUGGAGCAGAGAUCAUAGACCUAUCAAAAGACCAAACACAAUCCUAAACCUUGUUUGUCACUCAGGGAAACAAGGGGACAGUCAAUGAGAGAGAGAGAGAGAGAGAGAGCGCUAUAAACGGUAAACAGAUGUUUUCACACACCACCCACCAGCUCUGGGAGAGCAGGAGAAUGAGUCUUGCUCAGAUCACUGAGAAGCCGACUACUUCACUACUGCUUCUUCGUCUGCUGGUUUAGAGUUUGACUGCUCCUGACCAGGUGUAAUAUUUGCAACAGGUCCUGAUGAGAAGAAGAUUUAAAAUCUAGAUAGUGCAACUGGUGUAACUGUGAGGUCAGACUCCGAACAGCGACUUAGCUUCACACCAGAUGUGAGACCAGCUGGUGCGACCGGCCCCGGUUACUUAUGGCACACACACUGCCAAGAGGAGCUGCUCUCUCCUCUGUGGCUCCCACCUUUUCCACCCACUACUACAUGAACUGGCCCGAGGAGAGGUGCAGAGCUAGAACGGAUAGAAAAGACAGUAUUAGAUAUGUUUUUAAAUGUCCUCAAGAGAACAUUUGUAGAUACGAAGAAUGUCACAUGUAGCAGGGUACAGUAAGUCAGGUGAUUGAGACGAACACAGGGAAGUGAGAACCAGGAUGGACCAGUGGCUGUCCACUCUCUACACUUCUAGCUUUGAUUUCAUCCUCGGUGCUCCAGAAUCUGCUCCUGUCCUGAAGCCUCAACCAACUCAGUCCUUUUUUUAAAAUAUGCAAACCUUUGUACCUGCACCUUUUUAGUACCAUUUUAGUGUUUUUACAUGUUUUAAUAUUUUCAGGACACACUUGUGCACACGGUGGGCGUUGGGAGUGUUUUCAGGGGAGCAAAAGAAAAAGAAAACGCUGACAUAUCAGUAUCAUUUCCUCUGUAUCCUCAGCAGCACUUUAAUUUGAUGACUACAACCGGAUCAUGUGCUUAAACAGACACUUUUGUGGCCUGUGCGGAAGUGUGUCACUUACAUUUUAACCACUACAAUAUUUAUUAUUUAUUCCAAUGGUGGCACUUAUUUAAAUUUUGUGUUUUGUUUAAAAAUGCUGCUUUGUACUCAAAGCUUGAGUAGUACAUUCCUAAAAGCUUUUACCAGUUAAAGUUCAUUACUAUACUUGCCUUGAAUUUAUUGACACUAGUACAGUUAAAGUGUUUUUUUCUGUACCAAAGGUUGUUUUCUACUCUGUACCUGUCCAAGUAGUAAGAACUGUUUCCUGACAUGUACUCAUUGAGAGGGUUUAAAUAAACUAAAUUAAGAUCUGAAUUAAGUUGGAAAAGAUGAGGAUGGAAAAUAAUUCAUACUUUUUCUCUAUCCAAUUUUUCUUCAUGAUGCAGAAGUCCAACUUCACCAGGCUGGAAAAACUAAUUUUGCUUCAAUAUAUAAAAUGAGAAAAUUGCACUGUAGCCACCAUGUUUGUUACAACAGGACAGAAUUGUUGUACCGUGUUCUUCCCUGUUACAGAUGAUUCACUUUUCCAUUGGAAUAAAACUCAAGACUUCGAGGUAAAAUUAAACCCAUAUGGAUGAUUUAUUUCAAUAAAAUACAAUG